AUGUGGCUGUACCUGGGGGCCCUGGUGGCUCUGUACCACCUUGUGCGCUGGUACCGGGAGAGGCAGGUGGUGAGCCAGCUGCGGGACAAGUACGUCUUCAUCACGGGCUGUGACUCGGGCUUCGGCAACCUGCUGGCCAGGCAGCUGGACCUGCGGGGCUUGAGGGUGCUGGCUGCGUGUCUGACCGAGACGGGGGCUGAGUCACUGAGAGCACAGACUUCCGACAGGCUGGAGACGGUGAUCCUGGAUGUCACCAAGUCAGAGAGCAUCGCUGCGGCCACCCAGUGGGUGAAGGAGCGCACGGGAGACAGAGGUCUCUGGGGUUUGGUGAACAACGCUGGCAUCACAGUGCCCUCAGCUCCCAAUGAGUGGCUGACCAAACAGGACUUCAUGAAGACACUAGACGUGAACCUGCUGGGGGUGAUCGAGGUGACCCUGAGCCUGCUGCCCCUGCUGAGGAAGGCCAGGGGCCGCGUGGUCAAUGUCUCCAGUGUUGCGGGCCGUGUGUCCUUUUUCGGCGGUGGCUACUGCAUCUCCAAGUAUGGCAUUGAGGCCUUCUCGGAUUCCCUCAGCAGCAUUUUCUUUGGAGCAUCCCUUUCUAUGCUCCCUGCAUUAGCAUCCAGAUGGGACCCAGGCAUGAAAUUACUUCGGAAGUUCUCGCCAAAGCUGACUCAGGAUCUAUCUUUGGUGACCAACUGCAUGGAGCAUGCCCUGAUCUCCUGUCACCCUCGCACCCGAUACUCAGCUGGCUGGGAUGCCAAAUUCAUCUUCAUCCCCUUGAGCUACAUGCCCACCUUUCUGAUGGAUUAUUUGAUGAAAUGGAACCCCUCAAGGCCUGCCAAGGCCCUGUGA